CGCGCGCCACAUUGACACCGCCGUCCCAUUCCUUAUAGAUUCAGAAUAGGGCCCUCAGACAUGACUUCAGAAAUGACUUCAUUAGACACAGGUAUUAUCCAGAGCAGCAAAAUCGCACAGACGUCGUAUAACCGUAACUGGCGCCGGGACAUAAACGAGAGCCAACCCCCAGCACUGCCUGUGUUGCGUAGAAGCUACAGGGAUGCCGAAUUCGACGAGAUCGUGGAAAAACUUAGGGGUAGCAGUUAUGCUUCGACGCCGCCCGGGCACCCUGCCUACGACCAAGAAACCACGCGGUACCGUAGCAGUGCCGCCGUUCUGCCGUUCUGAGGACGAGCAUAGUCAUUGGUCUAAAAUUUGUAGUACGAGCAAGCGACAGUGCGCACAUGAGGAUCGAUUUCUUGUAGAGAUGGCUGGAUGUCUUGGAAUGCUUGUAAUUUCUGGGUGUAAUAGCAUGCUUAGGCUACUGUUGAGUGGCAGUGACACAGA